AUGUCGUUCAUUAUAAAGUUGUUUAGUAAGAAGAAAGGCAUCAAGCUCGAGCAGCAGCAGAAGCAGCAGAAGCAGCAGCUACAGCAGCAAAAUGCUACGAUCAUUGACGCGCUGUAUACGCAAGACGAUGACGGCUUCGUGAACAUAUGCCACUCCACUACAGGGUCGAUGGCAGAGGAGGGCGUUGAUAUAUCUAAGUGGGAGAUGGCCAAGAUACUAGGCGGCCAUAGGAACGCAGCUAUGGCACAAGAACGCUGCACCAGCUCCUCCGGUGUCAAAAAGCUCGACAAAUCUGCAAGAACUGUCACUACCAAACAAGCGAGAUUCGCCGCCAAUGCCACGCCCUUCGAAAUGAAGGACGAGACUGCCAUGGAGGACUCUCUUGAACUUGACAUGUACGACGACAAGAGAAACCGUAUUAUCAAAAGAUCUAACAGAAGAAAAUUCAACUUCGAGAGUAAAAUAGGUUGCUAG